UGACCUUAGACUGGGUCCCGAUACAGUACAUAACAUUGACUGGCCGACAUCGUAAACUGCUUCUUCUCCUCCAGCACUUGCAAGAUGUCUGGGAUUUCUGAUGUGCUCACAAACGUUGCUCUUCCAAAAACUCAGGCGACCAUAACUCUAAGAGUAAUCAAAUCCUUCGAAUACCGCACGGAACGAAGUCUUGUCUUCCACAUGUUGAACCUCGAGAUCACAAAAGUUGGCGAGCUCAAGGAUAUGGCUCGGCGAGCUAUUCAGACUAGUUCGGGAUGGAAGCCAUAUCGGAAUGUGCACCUAGAUACGCUCAAGUUGUACACCAAAGCUCACGGCGCCAAGACGACCAAUUUGAUUAUCAAUAUGGACCACGACGACUGGAUUUUCGACGAUGACGCCCGUACCCUAGCUGAACUUGGUAUUGAAAACGAGACAGAGAUCAGCUUCUUUAAUCAUGUAGCCUACAAUGCAUUCAAGGAAAAUCCCGAAAUUCGGUGGGACAUUCCUCAGUAACGCAGUGCUAACCAAGAAGUGA